CUUCCGGUUUUGCGCAGGCAAGAUGGCGACGGGAGGUGGGGAAGAUCAGACGGGAGUGGAGGAUUGGGCUUUGCCUUCAGAAGUAGAAGUCUUAGAGUCUAUCUAUUUGGAUGAGCUUCAGGUGCUUAAAGGAAAGAGCAGAUCUGUCCCCUGGGAAAUCUCCAUCACCCUACACCCAGCAACUGCUGAGGACCAGGAUUCUCAGUAUGUCUGUUUCACCCUUGUAUUGUCUGUGCCUCUGCAGUAUCCAAAUGAAAUACCAAAGAUUGCUAUCCAGAAUCCUCGAGGGCUAUCAGAUGAACAGAUCCAAAAAAUUUCCCAGACACUGCAAUGUAUUGCUGAGGCCCAACUGGGUACACCUGUGCUAUAUGAACUAAUAGAGAAGGGAAAAGAAAUCCUCACAGACAACAACAUCCCUCAUGGGCAGUGCGUGAUUUGCCUGUAUGGCUUUCAGGAAAAUGAAGCUUUCACCAAAACCCCAUGUUACCACUACUUCCACUCACGUUGUCUUGCUAGUUAUACAGAACAUAUGGAAAAAGAAAUCAGUAUACAGAAGAAAGAAAGAAUACAGCAUUUGACAGCUGUGCCCAAAGAGGAUAUUGAAGUGCAGUGCCCUGUGUGCAGGGAGCCUCUAGUGUAUGACCUUGCCACACUGCAAGCAGCACCACUACCACAGCAGUCAAUGGUAUGGAAAAUUGGCAGGGGGACCUUUUGCACUGAAUCAUUACUCUCUAAAAGAUGGAACAAACAAGAGUCUUCUAGCCUAAAUCAUUUGUCAUAUAUCAAAUCAUUUAGGAAAUCUCAUACCUCUGAAUAAGGUUUGCUAAAUUAUUUCUAAACGGUGACAUCACUGGGGCUCUGAAGCCCAGUAGGGUGUGGGAGGUCAUGGAUGGAGAAACCAAAUGGCUAAACAUCUGCAACAUGUUCUCAUACUCAUAAUGUGUAACAAUUUUUAGCUAUGUACAUGUAGCCUAAUGCACAGUGCAAAAUCUAAAUCGUUGGUUCUCAAUGG